UGUGACACCCCGAAAAAUUUCAAUAAAGUAAAUAAAUUUUAUUAGUGAGAUAAAAUGUUUUUAUUAGUCAGAUAAAAUAAGUGAAUCAGAUAAAAUUUUAACAUCAAUGACAUUUUUUAAUAAGAUAAAAAUGUUUCAACAAUAAAAGUGACAUGUUAUAAUAAUUAUAUUGACCAGAUAGGACCUUGACAUAAAUAAUAAAAGUGACAAUUUAACAAUUUUUAACUCAAAAGAUAUCGGUUGAUAAUAUUUGUACAGAAAUUACAAAGCUGACUUUUUAAGCAUAACAAUGAUAAGAGGUACAUUAUUAUACGUACUCCAACGGUGCAAUAUAACUCAUAGGAAUACUAUGCACUUGAAAAUAUUAAUUUAGUUAUUAUUUGUAUGGAGACUAUUGCGAUGACCCUCCUAUUACGUGAAUACCAUGUGACACACAUGGCAUACCUCAUGCAUGGCUCAUACUUCGUACAUCACAUGGCCUUGUUCUGCUCCUCCAUAUGAACUUGUCUGUCCUUUCCCAUCGAAUAAUAAUACACAUACAUGCAUACUUACAUAAUAAUGCGACUAUGAUACUAACAAAUUCAGAACAAUAUUUUACAUCUGCGAAAAUAAGAUGAAAGAAUAAUAAUUCUCAUAGCCAGUUGUCUUUUCGUACCUACGUAAUAAUACUAUGUACUCCUUAUUCACAGUGAUAUGAUAUACGUAUACGUAGUAUAUAAACGAACCAUCGAACAAAGUUCCUCAGUAAAAAUACUGCGACUCCCAUCACUGAAAGAUAAGAGAAACAAGAAAAAUAGCAUCGUUAGAGGCAGCCGGAGAUUUCCCAGGCCGGUGCGUCGAAGUAAGGUGCAUCGUCGGACAAGUUGCAUAUCACCGGCGGGAAACCUGAGUGGCCAGAACCUCUAUGCUGCGUCGUCUAAAAAAGGGGGGAUGGCAUGCCGGGAUAAUAUUCCAAGAGCGCCGGACUGUAUAGACGCCGGCAGAGAAGACAAACCGUCGCCGGAGAAGAAGACCCAGUUGUACGCCGGAGGAAGAAAAGAAGCCGGAGUUUCUACCGCCAGACCUGACUGCUGCCACUGAAUGACGCCGCAACCCACUGAACCAGUCACCGGAAGGGGAGCUCGCCGGGGGAGAAAAAAAAACAGGUUAGCCGCCGGACCAACGACAAGGACAACGACUACUUACGUACAAGGUGAAUUUUGGAGACAAUCAAAGCUUCGGUUAGGAUUUACUGCAAAUUAAGGAGUUGAGGAUCAUAUUGAAGUUGAUUUCGAGAGCUUCCGCUAGAACACAUAGACUAAAGUGAAUGAGUAAUUUAUUUUAGUCUUAAUGUUAAAGAAUUGUAGUUGAACAAUUAAUUAACUAAAAUUUUAAUUGUUGGUGGUGGAUAGCCUGUGCACUCGGUUAUGUGAGAACCGAGUGUGGCGGUAACGCCCCUGUUUCCCUUUGAAUUUUCCGCUGCAAGACUAUCAUGUUUUCGAAUAAACCAUUAUUUAAAUGUAUUUUUGGGUGGGAAAUUUGGGGGUGUUACAAGUUGGUAUCAGAGACUAUGAAUUUUGAAUUGGGGAUUUAAAAAAAAUAAAAGUUUCUCUCAAGUGACUAUGGGUUUAAAAAAAAAUUCUAAAUAUUUUCUGAGUUUAUCUUAAACUUCCUUUAGUGAUAUCAAUAGUUGGUAUCAAAACCUACGGUUUUGGAAUGGGGAUUUUCGAAUAAAAGCUUUCCUUCAGUGACUUCGGUUUUCAAAAAGGAGUUACUAACGUUUUCUAAGAUUUUCUGAAACUCCAACUAGUGAUCCUGGCCAACAAGUUGGUAUAAAGAUUUUUUUUUCCUAAAACAUAUUAAAAAAAAAUUACAAGACGUUUUCUCAAAUGUUUAAAAAAAAAAAGGUUGAAACCUGUUUUUCUAAAUAUGUUUUGAAGAAAAAAAAACAUAAACAUAGGAAUAAUAAUUGGACUAAGAAAUAAUAUAUUUAGGAUCGUGGUGAGAAUGUGAGAUUUUGAAUUUCUAUUUUGGUAGAGUUUGUGGUUUAUUGAAAUGUUUGAUUUAUAAUUAUAUGAGAUAUAUUGAUUGGAAUUGACUCAUUUGAGAAUGAGUUUGGACUUUUAGAGGAACUUACCAAAUUAUGUGAGUAGUGAGUUAUUAGGUAAGGUAGUAUAAUUAUUGAUGUCAUUCAAUAUAUUUCGUGUCCUAAAAAUUAUUCUUUCAAGUAGACAAUGAAGUCAACAAAAAGCAAAGUAGAAGACAAUGUUGCCGCACCGACGAAUGCGGAGUUGGCUCAAAAUAUGGUUCAACUCAUCCAGACUAUCGGGAGUGUGCUAAUUCAGAACCAACACCAACAACGUCUCAAAAACCGCUAUGAUGUAGCGAAACUUGUUGCGAAGCGCAAUCCCCCGUGUUAUUUAGGCCAAGAAGAUCCUCUCAUCCUUGAGGAUUGGAUUCGCACUUUCGACAAACUCUUCGAUGCUAUAAACUGCCCUGCAGAUCAACGAAUUAAUACGGCUGCGUAUUAUCUACGUCAAGAGGCAGACAAUUGGUGGGCAACGUCUGCCCCAACGUUACGUGGACAACCUAACUUUUCUUGGGAGACGUUCAAGGAGGCAAUGCGAAAGAGAUUCUACCCAGAGCACGUGAGAGCUGAGAAGUAUGAAGAAUUUUUACACCUGAAGCAAAUAGACAUGACUGUCCAAGAGUAUCAUGCUAAAUUCCUGAAUCUCGCACGAUUUGCACCCACGCUAGUUCCCGAUGAAAUCGAGAAAACAAAUAAGUUUAUACGUGGUCUGAACUUCGAGACACAAAAAGCUCUUUGUGUUUCAGAAUGCCAAACAUUGAACGAUGCAUACAACAAAGCUGGCAAACACUAUCGAGUGCAACAACUCCAGAAGAAAACACUCAAGAGAGCAAGGAAGGGGACUGAAGGAGAAAGCAAACCAGGAGGCAAACAACGUGAGCUAAAUCAGCUAGGGCACACUCGGAACGGGAAGAAGAACAACAACCAAGACCAGAAGCGUAAGAAGAAGAACUCAACUCAAGACAUGCACUUCUACUGCUCGAAGUGUGGAAAAGAUCACCCCAGGAAAUACUGUGACGGAACACUCGUACGAUGUUUUCAUUGUGACAAGCUUGGACAUAGGGUAUUCGAGUGUCAUUCAAGGAAGAAGGGAAUCCCUCCCACUCGUGGAAUCAAUGGUCAUGGAAAUAAUACAAAACACAAUGGAAGAAUUGAAAAUAAUAGGCGAAAUCAUAAAAUUUCUAAUUUUCAAAAUUAGUAAAUCUAUUUGAGAAUUAUGUAUCAUUUGAUCUUUGACGAAUAAAUUAUUUUCUUGAAUAAGUUAAAUGCUUCGGGGACGAAGCAUUCUUUUAAGGAGGGUGGAAUGUGACACCCCGAAAAAUUUCAAUAAAGUAAAUAAAUUUUAUUAGUGAGAUAAAAUGUUUUUAUUAGUCAGAUAAAAUAAGUGAAUCAGAUAAAAUUUUAACAUCAAUGACAUUUUUUAAUAAGAUAAAAAUGUUUCAACAAUAAAAGUGACAUGUUAUAAUAAUUAUAUUGACCAGAUAGGACCUUGACAUAAAUAAUAAAAGUGACAAUUUAACAAUUUUUAACUCAAAAGAUAUCGGUUGAUAAUAUUUGUACAGAAAUUACAAAGCUGACUUUUUAAGCAUAACAAUGAUAAGAGGUACAUUAUUAUACGUACUCCAACGGUGCAAUAUAACUCAUAGGAAUACUAUGCACUUGAAAAUAUUAAUUUAGUUAUUAUUUGUAUGGAGACUAUUGCGAUGACCCUCCUAUUACGUGAAUACCAUGUGACACACAUGGCAUACCUCAUGCAUGGCUCAUACUUCGUACAUCACAUGGCCUUGUUCUGCUCCUCCAUAUGAACUUGUCUGUCCUUUCCCAUCGAAUAAUAAUACACAUACAUGCAUACUUACAUAAUAAUGCGACUAUGAUACUAACAAAUUCAGAACAAUAUUUUACAUCUGCGAAAAUAAGAUGAAAGAAUAAUAAUUCUCAUAGCCAGUUGUCUUUUCGUACCUACGUAAUAAUACUAUGUACUCCUUAUUCACAGUGAUAUGAUAUACGUAUACGUAGUAUAUAAACGAACCAUCGAACAAAGUUCCUCAGUAAAAAUACUGCGACUCCCAUCACUGAAAGAUAAGAGAAACAAGAAAAAUAGCAUCGUUAGAGGCAGCCGGAGAUUUCCCAGGCCGGUGCGUCGAAGUAAGGUGCAUCGUCGGACAAGUUGCAUAUCACCGGCGGGAAACCUGAGUGGCCAGAACCUCUAUGCUGCGUCGUCUAAAAAAGGGGGGAUGGCAUGCCGGGAUAAUAUUCCAAGAGCGCCGGACUGUAUAGACGCCGGCAGAGAAGACAAACCGUCGCCGGAGAAGAAGACCCAGUUGUACGCCGGAGGAAGAAAAGAAGCCGGAGUUUCUACCGCCAGACCUGACUGCUGCCACUGAAUGACGCCGCAACCCACUGAACCAGUCACCGGAAGGGGAGCUCGCCGGGGGAGAAAAAAAACAGGUUAGCCGCCGGACCAACGACAAGGACAACGACUACUUACGUACAAGGUGAAUUUUGGAGACAAUCAAAGCUUCGGUUAGGAUUUACUGCAAAUUAAGGAGUUGAGGAUCAUAUUGAAGUUGAUUUCGAGAGCUUCCGCUAGAACACAUAGACUAAAGUGAAUGAGUAAUUUAUUUUAGUCUUAAUGUUAAAGAAUUGUAGUUGAACAAUUAAUUAACUAAAAUUUUAAUUGUUGGUGGUGGAUAGCCUGUGCACUCGGUUAUGUGAGAACCGAGUGUGGCGGUAACGCCCCUGUUUCCCUUUGAAUUUUCCGCUGCAAGACUAUCAUGUUUUCGAAUAAACCAUUAUUUAAAUGUAUUUUUGGGUGGGAAAUUUGGGGGUGUUACAUUUCGUACCACUGAGUAUGAUUGAAUUCGAUGCAAUCCUGGGAAUGGAUUGGCUUGAGAAGCAUCAUGCUAGGGUCGAUUGCUACACAAAGAUACUUGAACUCGAAGGCGAUGAAGGGGUAACCUUACGCUUCGAGGGGGAUCGGGCCAAAUCCAAUAGUUGUAUCAUAUCCGCCGUGAGAGCUAGGAGUAUGAUGAGAUAGGGUUGCCACGCAUAUCUAGCAUACGUGGUAGACAAAACAAAAGAAGAGAUGAGCAUUGAUGAUGUGAGGGUGGUAUGCAAGUAUCCGGAUGUCUUUCCAAAGGACUUACCGGGACUUCCACCCGAUAGGGAGAUUGAAUUUGUGAUCGAGGUCGAGCCCGGCACCAAACCAAUCUCCAUACCGCCAUACCGUAUGGCACCCGCAGAACUUAACGAGUUGAAAACCCAAUUGCAAGAGCUUUUGGAUAACGGUUUCAUUAGACCAAGUCACUCCUCGUGGGGAGCACCGGUCCUUUUUGUGAAGAAGAAGGAUGGAACACUUCGAAUGUGCAUCGACUAUCGUCAACUGAACAAGGUGGACAUAAACACUUGUAUUAAACGUUUCCGCUGAUUUAAAUGAUUAUUUUACAUUAUGUUUGUUUAUGGAUGUACUAUUGUGAAUGAUAUUCAAGACGCCUAGUAUAGUAUGGAUGAGUUGGACUGCGGUUGACUAUUCGUACUGUACGGCGGGUUGUUGACGUGUCCGGUAGGUCCGGGGCGUGACAUGUUUAGAAUGCAAGGUGGGAGGUAUUGUAUCUCAAUCAAACAUCCAUGUUGAGGUGUAUAUAAGCCAUAUAGAGUGUUCUGUGUGCACAUGUCUGGUGACAUCCCUUCAACCAAAGCCCCGGACACAACACUCAACUCAUGCCCCCCUCUUUCUUAUUUGAGGUUUAUUUGACUUGUAGAAUAUCCCAAGUGGGUGUAGGAAGUCCCUCCCUAUUAUUCUUGCUAUUUUUAGCAAGUUCGGUCAAAAUAACACUUGGAUUGUUC